UCUGGCAACCCUGGCAGUUUGUUUUUAUCCAGGAUUGUUAUUGUUUUUGUCAGUUCGCUUUUUUUAUGUGUAAUAUAUAGUGAAGAUUUUAGUUGGCAACCGAAGCACCGGAAGCACGAUGAAUGUCCUAAGGCGCCUGGACCGCCUGAUCGCCCCCACUGCCCGCCGCAGCGCUGCCAUUUCCACGAGCCUGUGGCCAAACCGCUGGAUGGCCCAAUCCACGACGAGCUCCCCAGGAAGUCCCAGCACCGCCUCUACAGUGACCGCGGCCGAGGUGCGCGGCGUGGCUCAAAUCCUGCGCCAGCAAAAGGGCAACCUGGGACAGCCUACCAGCGUCUCGCAUCCACACCUUAUCCAGCCGGACGAGCUGGUUCCGGGCGUGGAACUGACCGAGAUGAAGGAUCGCCGUACGCAGCUGAUGCAAAACAUCCGUGCCUAUGCGCGCACCUUCGGCGCCGAGUUCAAUGGGCACUCGAGUCCCUGCCACAUGCUCGUUCUGGGCGCCGCCUCCAAGAAGUAUAUGAGCGGCAAGAUCCCAUACGUGUUCCGCCAGAACUCUGACUUCUACUACCUCACUGGCUGCCUAGAGCCGGACGCCGUGCUCCUGCUGACCAUCGACGAGGCCCAAAACGUGCAGUCCGAGCUCUUCAUGCGUCCCAAGGACCCGCAUGCCGAGCUCUGGGAUGGUCCGCGCACUGGGCCCGAGCUGGCGGUGCCACUCUUCGGAGUCACUGAGGCCCAUUCGCUGUCCCAGCUGGAAGCGGUGCUGGCCAAGCGGGCAGGCGCCCUUAAGCCACAUAUCUGGUUCGACCAGAAGACCUCCGAUCUGCCGUCACUGGCGCAAAACAUGUUGCGUUUGAGCGGCGAUCAACAGCGUCCGCUACUCCCGGCCUACACUUUCCUGGAAGCCAUGCGCCUGCUCAAGUCCCGCGCCGAGAUGCAGCUGAUGCGGCGCACCUGCGACAUAGCCUCACGCUCGUUCAACGAGGUGAUGGCCGAGUCGCAACCUGGUCAGUCGGAGCACCAUCUGUUCGCGGCCAUUGACUACAAAUGCCGCAUGCGCAACGCCAGCUACCUGGCCUACCCGCCAGUGGUUGCUGCCGGUCAUAACGCCACGGUGAUCCACUACGUGGCCAACAGCCAGUUGUUGGGACCGCAGGAUCUGGUGCUGAUGGACGCCGGCUGCGAGUAUGGCGGCUACACCAGCGACAUCACUCGCACCUGGCCGGCGAGUGGACAUUUCACGGAGCCGCAGCGCACAUUGUAUGACAUGCUGCACCAGCUGCAGGUGGAGAUUAUUGGCACCGUGAUGAAGCCGGGCGGCGAGACGCUCGACCAACUGUUCGAGACCACCUGCUACAAGCUGGGCAAGUACCUGCAGGAGAUCGGGCUGGUGGGCAAGUCAGUAAGCGACUACAAGGAACUGGCCAGCCAAGGGUACCGCUUCUGUCCGCACCACGUCUCCCACUACCUGGGCAUGGACGUACACGACACACCGCAUGUGCCACGCAACACGCGCAUCGUACCCGGCAUGGUCUUCACCGUUGAGCCGGGCAUCUACAUUGGUCAGGAUUGCGGCGACGUGCCGCCCGAGUUCCGAGGCAUCGGCAUACGCAUCGAGGACGAUCUGCUCAUCAACGAGCACGGCCACGUGGAGGUUCUAACUGAGGCGUGCGUCAAGGAUCCGCGCGCCCUGCAGGAGCUGUGCCAACAGCAACAGAGGAAGCCCGGCGCCUCCACCGCGAAGGCGUUGUAAGAGUUCACAACGAAAACCAAAUUCCUAGUCAUAAGCCGUUCAUUCUCCCGACCACUUCAUGCGCUGAUUUGGGUCCUAAAAUAAAGGCAGAUGGUGUAUUUUUAAAUGCA